AUGUCUGACAGCUAUAGCUACAAGGGCUCUGGCACCAACAGCCAGGGCAACCACUACUGCUCCCGUGACUACGGCUCUGAUGCUGCGAACCAGAACAGCUACCACUAUUCGAACUCUGAUGGCUCUUACUAUUACUCCAACUCUAAUGGAAGUACUUACUAUAACAGCGGCAACGGUGAUUCCACUUAUACUGCUCCCUCUGGAUCGGGCUCGUCGGGAUCGUCCGGUUCUUCAAGCUCUGCUGGCCAGAAGUAG